AUGGAAAUGGGUGAUUCAAAAGCUUUUUCUUACACUCACACAGUAGAGUAUACAAGAGGAGAGCAAAUUUUAAAUGAUAGAACACAAAAACUUAUUUUGCUAUACGGAAAUGGUACAGAAACUGAGGAUAAAUUAGGGAAAUUUAAAAAGAAAAUAGAAGAAAGGUUAGAACAAAAUAAUAAUAAUAAUAAUAAUAAUAAUAAUAAUAAUAAUAAUAAUAAUAAUAAUAAUAAUAAUAAUAAUAAUAAUAAUAAUAAUAAUAAUAAUAAUAAUAAUAAUAAUAAUAACUUAAAUAAUAUAAAUAAUAAUAUUGAUAAUAAAGAUAUCGAGGAUUUUGAUAAUAAUAAUAAUUAUAAAGUUUAUAGUUUUAAUAAGGUAAAUGUAAUGACCUGUGUGAAACUUUUUAUUAGAAAUAUUGUAAAAUGGUCACCUUGUUACAAUAUUAUUUUUUAUUUCUCAGGUAAAAUUGAGUAUGAAGUUGAUGAAACUAUUUCAUUAUGCUCUAAAAAGGAUCUUAUACCUAUAAAAGAUUCUUUAGAUGAAAUUUAUAGGGUUAUAAUGGCCGGACUUAUAAAUAAAAAUAAUGAUGAUCAAUUAUCAGAAACUAAACUAAAAUUAAUAUUUAUAAUUGAUACUUAUGAUGGUUCAUUAAAAGAGGAUAAUGCAUUAAGAUUAAAAAUUACCCGUGAUUAUCUAAUGUAUGGUUCAAAACUACCAAAAUGCUCACAUCCAUAUGGAAUAAUUACACUUCCAAGACCAUUUAAUAAUGUAUCAUUUAGAAAUUAUUUAAAUGAUGAUUUUUCUCCAUUCACAAAUUUUUUAAUAAAUAGAAUUAACAGUACUGAAUUUUGUAGAAGAGAUAUUUAUAAAACUGCUAACAUUUUAGCAUCAGAUUUUUGGACUGAAUUUAUAAAUCAUUGUUCAAAUUUAGAUGGCAGUUUUCUUGUAGAGAUUGCUAAAGAUUAUAUGCAAAUUGAUAAUAGGAGCGACCCAAACAAAAAUGAAAAAAUAAAAAAAUCUAUCCAAAAUAGAGAGUUUAAAAUAUUAUCAAAUGGGAAUGAUUCAAGUGUAUUUAAUAUCAAAUUUUAA